AUGAGCGAAAGCGAGACGGAUUACGGGUCUUCUCCUUGCAAAACAGUGCCAGACGCCGACAAACAGAUAUUGGAAUGGACCAGCAGGCUCGAGCUAGAGACUGUGCAGCUUCGAGAUACGUCUGAGAGUUUAUUCAAGAUCAUUAAGGAGAAUGUGGGCGAGUUGGCUGAGUGUAGAAGGUUGUUUCAGCGGCAAUUGGAAAAAGAGAAAGAACAAGAGCGGCAAAAAGGUUUGUACGAUGGAUAUACCCUUUGGGCAGUGUGUGUAGCAGUGCAUGCGAAUAAUACGGGAUACUAA